AUGGCAGGUAACACUCUAUCAGAUCAGUCUCAGUCUGAGAAGCAGGGCGGCUCCAUCGUCCCCUCUUCGGACCCGGACCCUGAAUCCAUCUCCGGAACCCAGCACGGAGACGGAGAAUCAUCCCCUGCAGAACCAGAACAUGAAGUCUACCCGGAGGGCGGUACCCAGGCAUGGCUUGCCGUUGCGGGCUCCUUCCUCGUUUACUUCGCAUCUUUCGGUGUCGUGAACAGCUUCGGCUUCUUCCAGACAUUUUAUCAACAAGAGUACCUGAAGAAUUACUCGCCCACCGCCAUUUCCUUCAUCGGAACCCUGCAGAUCACCCUGAUGUAUCUGUCAGGUGCUGUUGCCGGAGCACUAUUUGAUCUCUACGGUCCCAAAUGGCUCUACCUGUUCGCUGCCAUUGGUGGUGCCGGCUCCAUGCUUGCGACAUCCUUCACGCAGCCGAAUGCAAUCUGGCAGCAAUUUCUGGCCCAAUCACUUCUCUUCGGCCUCACAGUCGCCUAUGGAGUGCAACCCGCUCUCACGGUUGCAGGGCAGUAUUUCCACCGCAAGCGUGCUCUGGCCAUGGGAAUCGUCGCCUCCGGUAGCAGUUUCGGAGGAGUUUGCCUGCCAAUCAUGUUCUCCAAACUGAUUCCCACCAUUGGUUUUCCGUGGGCACUGCGUGUCGGGGCCCUGAUCAUGGUCAUCUGCUACGCUAUAGCCAUAGCCGUCUCCUCGUCUAAACGGCCCAAGAGAAAGAUGAGAUCUCUUAGGGAUCUGCUUGACUACAAAGGCUUUCUCGACAUCCGAUACUCUUGUCUCUCAGCCGGAGCAGUCAUCUCAAGUCUCGGCAUUUACGUUCCGUUCUACUACAUUGAGCCGUUUUGCGUCGCCCUUGAUCCGAAUUCGACCAUUCGGCCUUACCUUCUCCCGCUGAUCAACGCGGCCAGUCUUUUUGGUCGUAUUAUGUACGCAGUCUUCCCUGUCUCCACCCACAUUCUUCAGCAAACUAACUUUCAUAGUGGCGGUCAUGCGGCGGACCGCAUCGGACGGCUGAACUUUCUCUACCCCAUGAUCCUUCUAUGUGGGCUUUUGUGCGUGGCGAUGUGGCUCCCUGCUACAACCCCUGGCGUUCUGGCUGGCUUUGCCUGCCUCUACGGCUUCGCAUCUGGGGUUUUCAUCUCAGUCAUGCCUACCGCCACCGGCCAAAUCAUCCCUGCUGAUAAGUUGGGCGCAAGGCUCGGCGCUUUUGGCACCGUUACGUCCAUGGCGUUUUUGACCGGCAGUCCAAUCGCUGGCGCGUUGAUUACAAGUGAGACCCGAGCCGGGUACCAUUCUCUGAUCAUCUUUGCAGGGUGUUGUCUGCUCGGAGGAGGAGCCAUCAUCUUCGUUGCUCGGCUCCUGCACGACAGAAACCUCAAAAGCAAAUGGUAA